AUGAUAUCUUUGAUUGAUGAAAAUCUCAUUUCCAUGAGAUUGACCAAUCGUAUUCAAUACGAUGCAUAUAGUGAUUACACGUUCGAGAAUCUAGUCAAUCCUCUCGAUUCACGUCCUCGGCUCUCGGCUUCCCAGCAAGUCCAGAUUCUGAGCGAUGUUCAGCAACAUCAACAACGAUUUCAUCGACCAGGUCAAGAAAAUUCACAAUCUAAUGGUCCUUACGGGUCAUUAGCGAAAUAUAAGAUCGAUAGAACGAAGCAACAACAAAUUCAACAACUCAUUCAACAGCAACAACAAGUGCAACAAUUGCUACAGCAGCAACAACAAAAGAUCGCUCAACAAUUGGGCUCGAAUGGGUUCAAUGGUCCGCAAGCGCAAUAUUAUCAACAAGUUAACAAACAACAACAACCGCAAUUUCAAUCGCAACAAUAUAACAAUCAAUAUCAAAAUUUACCGAACAAUAUACAAAAUCUUCAACAAGAUCUUUCUCAGCCUCUCUUCAGUGAACAACAUACGGUACAAUUGCAAUCAUAUUUGGAGAAACAACGAGAAUUGGAAGAAUUACAAAAGCAAAGGCAACAGUUGCUCUUGGAACAACAGGAAUUAAAAAGGAGACAAGAAUUAUUGAAAUUACAACAACUACGUCAAUUAACCUCGACGACUCCGUCACCGCCACCUCCACCUUUAUCAUCCUCGUCUCCUUCGACAACAGCGAUUCCAUUCGUUAGUACAACCAAUGCACCGGUUCUUUUAACGUCUCAGGCUGCUAGAAAAAUCACGACGUCGGAAACUGAACUUUUCUUAAAAGCUAUAGCUAGUCAUCAAAAAAAAUAUUCUACGACUACUACUAGCAUACCAGCAACGGUAAGACCACUGGUUACCAUCAAACCAACACCCCAAGAGAACAUUCGAGAAGAAUCAUCCACCAUUCCCGAAAAUCUAUCUUCUUUUAUCGAAGAACAAAGAAGACAAGCGAUAAAACAGGGCAUACCGAGGCCUGAAAUCAAAAUAAUUUAUCAAACUGAACCACCAACGAAACAAACUACUGCUAAAACCAAACUCAACGAAUCUUCGGAAUCAUUGGAAAGAGAGUUAUUGCUUAAACAAUUGAAAUCGGCGUUGUCUGAGACAGCUGAUAAUGACGAUAUUAGAAACGUUACUACUAGAGAUUUGGUUCUACCAAAUGGGAAAAAGCUUCAAGUUAUACACGCGCCCAAUGGUUUGUCCUCGAUUGUACCUACUGAUAGUUCUACUUCUCUUCGGGCUGCAACACAAAUCUUAUCUUCUACGACUACCAUUAAACCACCUAAGGUGAUUUUUGAGGAAUUAACAAAAGGUGUUCUUCCGCCUGGUGCUGAUUUUAAAAUAAUCCGACAAAAGAGUGAUGGAAAAUUGGAAGAAAUUGGUAAAGCACCUAUACAAAAUUUGCCUGCUAAAAAAGUGACAUUUGUGGUUUUAGAAGAACAACCCGAUGGUAGUUAUAAGGUUCAAGGUGUCAAAGGUAAUACAGAUAAGGAAGGAACGGAUGUAGAAUCUAUCGUAGAAAAGAUUAAAAAAGGUGAAUUAAAAUUACCACCAAGUUCUUCGAAUCCAACUAAAACUACGUCUGAAGAGGAAGUCAAUGAUGAAAUCGCUGAUUUUGUAUCGACCAAAAUAUCAUCACCAUCGUCGCGAACUGUUAAUAUUGUACCUACUACAUCUAGGCCCACUACAGCAAGGUUUACAACUCCAUCUUCUAGGCUCACUAGUAAAGCAACAUCAGAGUACUAUCCUUACGUCACGGUAUCUUCAAACUCGGCCUCAACCGGAGACAAUUAUGUUACAUCUGCAUCCAGUUUAAGCAGUCAUGUCUACAACACCGUUGGUGCAACAGACAUAAAUUUGAAAUCGAAAAGUCACAAUGUACAAGCAACAACAAGAGCGCCUAUAGGAACUAAGAGUCAUUUUGUUCCAACUAUGGCACCAGUUAACGAAAUCAUUACGACAUAUUCACCCGCUAUUAGCACUACUUUCUCAUCAUCAUCUGCUUUUUCUUCUCAUUUUACUCCUAGACAGCAUUCCGAAACUUCACCAACAUCGAGAUCAAUAAUAACUACUACACGAUCACCCGUUAGUACUUAUAGCAAAAAUCCUAUUUAUCAGGAUGAUAUUGAAAGGACUACGAUAUCACCUACUGAAUCAUACGUUAAUAAAAAUCAAAUUCACGAGAGUCUUACCACAUUGUUAAGAAAAGAAGGACUCUUUGCUAUAGCCAAAUAUUUAAGACAAUCUGGAUUAGAUACUGUUUUGAACGAAACUGGUCCGUAUACGAUAUUCGUACCAACGGAUAAAGCAUUCAGAACAUUGUUAGUUCAACUUGGUGGACCAGAAAAAGCCGAACAAAAGUUCCGUGAUAAUCCAAGAUUAUUGAGUGGGCUUCUUCUUCAUCAUGUUAUACCUGGAGCCUUCAGGAUCGAUUCUUUGCAAGAUGAAAUGACUGGUGUAAGCCUUGCUGGAACCCAAUUGAGAGUAAAUGAAUAUGCAAUGCACGAUCAUGAAUGGAAUGAUGUAAAGGUAACUACUAUUAAUGGAGCCAAAGUGGCACCGAAUAAACGUGAUAUUGAGAUUCCUCAAGGUAUAGCUCAUGCAAUUGAUAGAGUUAUGUUUCCACUUCCUGUUGGUGACUUGGUUCAAACUUUACAAGCCGAUCGUGAAAGGAGAUUCACAACUUUCCUUAAAAUGUUAUACACUUCUGGAUUAGACACUACGCUUGCAGGUCCAAAAACAUUUACGGUCUUCGCACCUACGGAUUCUGCUUUUACUGCUGCCGCUUCGAAAAAUGGAACGCCUGUUUGGACAGAAGAAGAUGGUCCAGUUGCUGCAAAAGCUAUCAUUUCAAGGCAUAUCAUACCUACUACUUUAUAUACCGCUGGUAUGAGGUAUUAUCUUCAAAAAGAUACAUUGCGUGUUCAGUCACCAGUUCAUAUUCACAAAAAUGGAGGUCGAGUACGAGUAAACGAAAUAAAUGUAGUGACGCAUAAUGUACCGGCUACAAAUGGAGUUUUGCACGCCAUCGACGGAGUCUUGUAAAUAUA